UGUAGGGCGGGAAGAGGCAGUGUGGAGCGGACGUCCGGGCGAAGGACGUUCAGCCUGAGGCGGUCGGGUCUGAGGGCUGGUGCGGGCUGAAGAAAUGAAAUUCAGGUAAAGUAACUUAUGCAAGGUCACAAAGCUUACUUGGGAAACGAAUCCAGAUGGUUUGACUCCACAGUUUGCUCUCAACAUCACGCUAUUCUACUUCCCUGAUGGAUGGAACAAAAGUGGGACUUGGAAAAUGUUGCCCUGUAAGAAGAGAAGAACUACGUUGACAGAGUCCCCACAACAUCAGGGCAGCCAGGAGGAAGAUGACUUAGACCUUCAGUCAGCUGUUAAGGCAGAAUCUGACCAAGUUAAAGACCUGGGGUCAGUGUCCCUGUCCUGGAGUCCAAGUCAUGGCAGAGCAGCUGACCUUGACGUGCAGGAUGCCGGAAUUCAGCUUGGUAUGGAGGACCCAUCUUUGAGCUCUAGGAUGCUCACCGACAACACAAAUGUUGCAGUUCUGGAAGCUGUGGAUGUGGCCAUCUCUCAGGAAAUCACCCUACCUUCCUUGGAGUCUUCUCAGCCUGUAAAUACACACACUGGUAAAGGAAAACUUCAGGCCACUAGCUCAAGGAGAGGGAAGAAAAUUACACUCAGACCUGGGUCAGUUACUCAAGAAGACAGAGGCGAUCAUCCUAUCGCUAAGGAGCCUUUUUCAGAAAAGCCUAGUGAAGAAGUCAAGGAAGAAGGAGAGGAGGCAAAUGAUGACAAUCCAGAAUAUAAUUUCCUGGAAGAACUUGAUGAACCAGAUGCAAAGGAUUUCUGCACUGACCAGGCAGUAAGAAUCACCAGUGAAAUGAAACAAGUGUGUGCCAACAACAUACUAUUUGGCUUUUUUGCAGAAAAGGACAUGAAUGAACUGAUGGAAGAGUCGUUUGAAACUUUUCAAGAUGAGAUGGGAUUCUCCAACAUGGAAGAUGACGGCCCAGAAGAGGAGGAACGUGUGGCUGAGCCUCGGCCUAACUUUAACACCCCUCAAACCUUACGGUUUGAGGAACCACUGGCCAACUUACUAAAUGAGCAACAUCGCACCGUGAAGGAGCUACUUGAACAGCUGAAGAUAAAAAAAUCUUCAGCCAAACAGCAGCAGGAAAUAGAGAGGGUUAAACCCCAGAGGGAGAAGGUUCAUCAGACUCUGAUUCUAGACCCAGCACAGAGGAAGAGGCUCCAGCAGCAGAUGCAGCAGCAUGUUCAGCUCUUGACGCAAAUUCACCUUCUUGCCAGUUCCAAUCCUCUCAGUUUGGAGGCCAGUACCACCAGGAUAUUUCUUAAAGAGCUGGGAACCUUUGCUCAAAGCUCCAUUGCCCUCCAUCAUCAGUUCAACCCCAAGUUUCAGACCUUGUUCCAACCCUGUAACCUGAUGGGAGCUAUGCAGCUCAUUGAAGACUUCAGCACACAAGUCAGCGUUGACUCAAGUCCUCGUAAAACUGUCACGAAGACUGCCUAUAGAUUGCCCUAUUUGCCAAAGCAAGUGGCUUGGAUCCUAGCCACAAGCAAGGUUUUCAUGUAUCCAGAGCUACUUCCAGUGUGUUCUCUGAAGGCCAAGAAUCCCCAGGAUAAGAAUUUCUUCACCAAGGCAGAGGACAGUUUGUUGGCUUUAGGCCUGAAGCACUUUGAAGGGACCCAUUUUCCCAAGCCUCUGAUCAGCAAGUACCUUCUCACUUGCAAGACUGCCCACGAGCUGACAGUGAGAAUCAAGAACCUCACAAUGAACAGAACUCCUGACAACAUCCUUAAACGUGUUCAGGUAUCUGAGGGGCUCUGCUUUCACCUCAUCGUCCUGAAGAAGCCCUUCCCAGAGCGCGCCGAUCCGGCUCCGCUCCGCCCGUGCUGCUCUUGGCUUGCUGCACUAAUGUCUUUGGCUUUUUCUUCACGAUUUUCCUGGGCUGCGGCGGGCAGGGGGAUACGCUCUCGUUGCGUGGCGCCCCUUCUCGCCGAGCGCGGGCUCUGGGUGUGCGAGCUUCCAUGGUGGCAGCUCGGGGGCUCAGGAUUCGAGGUUCCCAUUCUCUGGGGCACAGACUCUGCACCCUCCCAUUGCUGCCACUGCCACCACCACCAACAGCUCUGCUCCGCCCCUGUGUCCAAGGUGAUGCUGCCCUCACUUGCUCCUUCUGAGUUUCAAAAGCCAUGUGUGAAACGGAGAGCCUCCAAGAGAAAGGGACCCAAGGCCUCUCUCUGUCUGAAGCCCGCCCCUCUCAUCCACCCUGCGCCUGUGUUCUUCACUGUUCCUGCCACAACCGUGAAGGUUGUGAGCCUCGGCAGCGGCUGCAACAUGGUGCAGCCUGUCAGUGCAGCUGUGGCCUGAAGUCCUCAGACCAUCCCCAUCACCACCCUGCUGGUUAACCCCACUGCCUUCCCCUGUGCAUUGAACCAGCCCCUUGUGGCCUCCUCCAUCCCUCCCUUAAUUGUCUCUGGCACCUCUGUGAAUCUUUCUGUACCAUCCACCCCUGAAGAUAAAGCCCCAGUGAAUGUGGACACAGGUUGUCCUUUGGCUGAGGGGAAAAAUGCCUUUCAAGGCCUCGAACCCAAAUUAGAACCUCGGGAACCGUCUCCUGUCUGUGCUGCUGUCUUCCCCAAAGAGGAGCACAGCCCAGGGCCUCCAGCUACAGACCGAGCGUGCCAGGAGCAGCUGUCGGAGAGCAGUGCCUGUGGCUGAACUAUUGUGAAAGCAGAGGAGGGGAGGCCGGGCCCUGAACCACUGCCUCAGGGCUUCCGGGAAUCUCUGCACACUCGCCCUGAGGAUUUAGAGGAAACCGUUAAGAUGGAACCUAAAGACCCUGGGCAAGACACCUGUGGUGGAUCCCUGGAGCAGGACAGCCAUGAUGAAAUCAAAGAAGAACACUCUGUGGAGUUGGACACUGGCUUCCCAAAUAAGGAGUCAAGAGGGUCUAGAGAGGGGAGAACAGGCCUACAACAGGAGGAGGUGUCAUCCAGCUCUAAUAAAAUCCUUUCAGCUUCUCAUGAGCCUCCUGAUGGAGGAAAUUCAAGAGAUGUAACCAAAAGGUUCCCAAGGGAUACUUCAUCCUCCACUGACCCUGAAAUGGUAGCCCCCCAAGGAAGGGGGCUUCCUUCUCCAAGGAAACCUGAAGACUUAUCCAGAGUUGAUGGUCAGUCAGUGGGACCCAGCUGGGCCAGAAACUACAGGGAGAAGGAUGGGCCAGAGGAAGAAGAGGACUUUGACGACCUUACCCAGGAUGAGGAAGAUGAGAUGUCAUCAACUUCUAAGGAAUCUGUGCCGUCUGUCCCAGAACUCCAGGAAACGAUGGAGAAACUGACUUGGUUCACAUCUGAAAAGUACAUGAGUCAGGAGGGUGAGUCUGAGGAAGAGAACUCCCAGGAAGAGAACUCGCCUGGGAAAGAAGAGUAGGAAGAGGCAGAAGGAAUGGAAAUCCUGCAGACAGAGGAUGAAAUGAUGGACGAAGCCAUUGGAGACCCUGCCGAGAAGCCACCUGUUACCUGUGCCUCCCCGAAGGCUGCUCCAGAAGUAGACACCAGCAGGACCCCACUGGGGCCCAAAGAAAGGAGAUUGGAUGAUCAAAAGUCCUCUCAUAUAGGUCCGAGAAGCCCUGCAACAUAUCCCUGACAAGUAUGAAGACUUCCUUCAGGUCAUCCAUGAGUUUGAGUCAAGCACUCAGAGGCAGACAACUGUGGAUCUCUAUAAGAGCCUGUAAUUCUGCUUCAAGACUGGCCUCAGCUGUUGAAGGACUUUGCUGCUUUCCUGUUACCUGAGCAAGCACUGGCCUGUGGAUUAGAAAACUCUUUGGGGUGCAUUUAUUAUAAUCAAACAGAAGUGCCUUGCAAAGGAGAGGAACUCUCUGAUAAUGAACAACUCCGAGGAUUCCCUUGGACUUGAGAUGUCCAAUUCUAAUUUCCCCUACAGGAGCUCCAGGUUUCUUUGUGGACAGUUAUGCUUUCACAGUAAUACCUUUGCAAAAAUGUCUCCUCAAGAUUUGUAAAAAGAACUUUAAAUACAAGUUUCUGAUUUUCAGACCAUAAUGCUGCACUGAAGAAAGAAAUUGAUGAAUUCUAAUGGGAAACCUGAUGACUUUACAAAGCUGUUAACAAAAAAGAUUAGUUACAUAAGACUGAGUAAACUGAUCUCGGAAUCUCACCAAACACCACAGGAGCCGCGGAUUGAUGCAAAAGCAGUGAGGAACUUUAUUACAAGCCCAAGCAGGAACUCUCUUCACACAAUGGCGAAGGAGCCCCGAGUGAAAGCCGGCGAAUCUUUUUUAUACUGUAUAGCAGGGGAAGCGGGA